GGGGCGCGAGUCUGAGGCGAGGGUGCGAGUGUGAGGCGGCGGCGCGGGCGCAACUUUCUCCCUCAGCCCGCGCGGGGCCCGCAGGCGGCGAGGCGGCGGCGCGCAGCCCGGCGCCCCGGGCCCCUGCCUUAUGUCCCGCAAGGCGAGCGCGAAUGCGGAGUACACGCUGCGGAGUCUGAGCAGCCUGAUGGGCGAGCGGCGCCGGAAGCAGCCCGAGCCCGACGCGGCGAGCGGCGCCGGGGAGCGCAGCCUGCUGGCGGCCGAGGCGGGCGCCGGCCUGGAGCGCACGGGCGCGGGCGGCGACCUGGAGCGCGCGGCGCGGCGCCAGUUCCAGCAGGACGAGACCCCCGCCUUCGUGUACGUGGCGGCCGUGUUCUCGGCGCUCGGCGGCUUCCUGUUCGGCUACGACACCGGCGUGGUGUCCGGGGCCAUGCUGCUGCUCAAGCGGCAGCUCGGGCUGGACGCGCUGUGGCAGGAGCUGCUGGUGUCGGGCUCGGUGGGCGCGGCGGCCGUGGCGGCGCUGGCCGGCGGGGCCCUGAACGGCGUGUGCGGCAUUGCUUCUAUGACAGUGCCGGUGUACAUUGCGGAAGUCUCUCCACCUAACUUAAGAGGCCGGUUAGUCACCAUUAACACCCUUUUCAUCACAGGCGGGCAGUUCUUUGCCAGUGUUGUUGAUGGAGCCUUCAGUUAUCUCCAGAAGGAUGGAUGGAGGUACAUGUUGGGACUUGCAGCGAUCCCUGCAGUUAUACAGUUUUUUGGUUUCCUCUUCUUACCUGAAAGUCCUCGAUGGCUUAUUCAGAAAGGGCAGACUCAGAAGGCCCGUCGGAUUUUAUCUCAGAUGCGUGGUAACCAGACCAUUGAUGAAGAGUAUGAUAGCAUCAAAAGCAACAUUGAGGAAGAGGAGAAGGAGGUUGGCUCAGGUGUGUGCUUUGCAGAG